AAAUAGAACAAAAGAAAGAGCAUGGAACCCGGGGAAAAGAAUAAGCAGAAGCCGACACAGGAAAAAGAGAACAACAAGUCUGCACUUACAUGGCCGAGCCCAUGAACAUUGACGAUGAUGUGACUUGCGCGACGCUUUCAGAAGACCAUUGCAGCGUGGCAUUUGGCACUGCCUCCGGCAUGGUCCACAUCGUGGCCGUGAACAAGGACUGGCUACACAUGAACAUGGUGCGAAGGGAGAAGCUCUUUACCGCCCACCAGGAGCCGGUCCUGGCCUGCGCUGGAGACCGCCAGCUUCUCACCUCCUCGGCGCCGCGGCAUGCGGCUGUGGUGCACACGCACCGGGUUUUGUCAGAAGGUGUUUGCGCACCACGGGGCCAUGAGUGUGGCGUUCGACCCGAAGGGCUGCUACUUUGCCAGCGCCUCCAACGAUAAUGUGGCGCGCGUGUGGAGAGUGGAUCCCGCAGAGCACUUUGUGAGUUUCUUCGGUCACUUGGCACGAUUGGAGGUGUGCCUUUUCCAUCCGAAUGGAAAGUACCUGGCCACUGGAUCGGCAGACGCCACCGGCAGAAUCUGGGACUGCGAGAAACGCACUCAAAUGCGACUCUUCCGCGGCCACAAGGCCCCCAUCACUGCCAUGGCGUACUCCGUAUGCGGGCGCUACCUGGUCUCUGGUGGCCGAGAUGACCUGAUCAUUGUCUGGGACACAACCACCGAGCGAAUAACCUGCAGCCUGACCCAGCCCAACGCAAAGAUUGCCUCGAUCGAUUUCUCCUACUGCAACAAUCUGCUGGUUGUUUGGAGCCAGGACUGCCAUCUGAGCCCUUGGGAGUUUCAGCUGCUCGUCAAGUGCCCCGAGAAGAAGGUUUCGUCCACCCAAGGCACCAAAGCAAGUGAGCUGGCGCUAAUCAGCACGAUUCAGGCCUGUAAAAAUGGAAUUUUCCUUCAAAGUGGGUUCUUCGGUCGCGAUGCCCUGAUUGUCAUCUGAACGAUGAGUUCUCGGAAGGUAAUAGAGUUAAGCCCGAAAGCAGCCGAGAAGAAGACUGCCCUUGUGAAAGCUCUUGAAACUUGACUUUGAAUAUAGAGAAAUGAUGAGAUUGAUGCAGAAAUAGCUUCUCGGACCCAGGCGCUGAGGCGAGUCAUCGAUGGAAAGCACCGUCGAGUCCAUGAAUA